AUUUUUUUGAUUUUUAUUUUUUACCCCAAACCCACUUGCUUCUUCGAUGUCAGAAAGACUCUUCCUUCUUCCCACAUGAAAAGCUUUCUUUUUCGGGUACACCAUCACAUGAACUUCAAAUCUGAUGAAAUAAAAGGGGUUUGUUUGCUUUUUACCAUGCAUGGAAAAUAAAGUUUUUCUUGGGAUAGUACUUGUCAUUGAAUCCAAACCCACUUUGGAGAGAAAGGCAAAACAGAUUUAGAAGCUUACACGGCUUCCAUAAAUAUAAAAUGUCUUAGUUCUUCCCCCCUCGUUUCUCACACUUCCUCUGCCUUCAAAACUCUCAGUUUGGAAGUUUGGGUGCCUAAAAAUCUCUAUCAGUCCAUCUUGAUCUUAAUUUACUAAGUUCUCUAUGCUUGCCACUGCUUUUUAUGUUCUGUGUAGUCUGACAAAAAACCAUCUUUCUUCUUCAUAAACCUAAUUAGUUUCUUUUCAGUUUACAUAGAAAAAACCAUGCAUGAUUCAAUCGUAAUUCCUGCUUGUUUUACAUCCGGUGAGCGGCCAAUUGGUGAGCCAUCUACUAUGAUCAGGUCAGGACAGAGUGCAUUCAUGUCAGUGUAUCGGACAAAGAUUGCUGGUCAGUGCCGUCUCAUCACCGUCACUUGGUGCAAGAACUUGCUGCUUCAUGGCUUAUCAGUUUCAGUUCAAGGACAAGAUGAAGAAGAGCAGUAUCGAUGCAAAGUUGAGCUAAAACCAUGGUAUUUUUGGAGGAAACAAGGCUCCAAGCAAUUUACAGUUGAUGGAAGAACAGUUGAUGUUGUAUGGGACCUGAAAGCUGCGAAAUUCAACGGCGAGACAGAGCCGCAAUCUGAUUACUAUGUUGCCAUUGUUUGCCAAGAAGAGGUCGUUUUACUUGUCGGUGAUAUGAAGAAAGAUGCUUUCAGAAAAACAGGUUGCAGACCAUCACUGAUAGAGCCUAUUUUGGUGUCGAGGAAGGAACAUUUAUUUGGUAAAAGGAAGUUCUGUACAAGAAUGAAAUUUCAUAUGAGAGAAAAUUUCCAUGAAAUUAUGAUCGAAUGCAACAACAGCAGCAGUAUCAGCAGCGCAGAUCAAAGCGGGUAUGAUCCAGAAUUGGAGGUGAAGAUUGAUGGGAAACUAGUUCUUCAUGUUAAGCAUCUCCAUUGGAAAUUUAGAGGUAAUGAAUCGGUUUAUGUAGGCAAAACUAAAGUGGAAGUUUAUUGGGAUGUUCAUGAUUGGCUGUUCAGCUCUGGUCUAAGACAUGGUAUGUUCAUAUUUAGUCCAGAAACUUCAUCAUCAUCAUCAUCAUCUUCUUCAUUAUCUGAUCCAUCAUCAGCUCCAUUGUCAACAUUGAUUAAUACAGAAUCAGGAGAUGAUAAUAAUGAAAAUGUUGAUGGGUCAUCUAGAUAUUCCUUGUUUGUGUAUGCUUGGAAGAUGGAGUAAAUUAUUGGUGUUUUACAUAAUUGGGUCAUUGACACUGAAUCAUGGAAAAGUAUCAUCAAAUUUUGGAAGAAUUAAAAGAGAAUGAGGGAUCAGACAGUGGCUAUUAUGUGUUGGUUGAGGCAAGUGAAAAAAAUAAUAUAUAUAUAUAUAUAUAAAAAUAAAUAAAUAGGUGACCAAACACAUGGACCAAAGGAGUGGAGUAGUAGGGAGGGACAUGGAGGCUUGCUAGCUGGAAUUGAUUAGGUAAUAGGGACAUGACUGGACAAGCCAUAUUGGAUCACGUAUAUGUGCCCACAAAUUAUCCAAUUGUGCCCAUUACCCACCAUUAAUGACUUUAUAAUUGCUCUAUAAUGCCUGUAUGGAUAUUGCUAUAUUUUUAUUUUCUUUCCUUUCA